GAUCGAGUCAAGAUGCCUGGAGGGCAACAGCAAACCCAGACAGGAGAUACAGGAGACGCCACACCCAUGCAGCAGUUGCAGACUGAUUGGAGGUCACUUGCGGACGCCGCUGCGAACACACCCAACGCUAUGUACGUCUCCAGAGCAGACGCCACACCCAUGCAACAGUCCCAGACUGAUUGGAGGUCACUUGCGGACGCAGGUGCGAGCACACCCAACGCUAUGUACGUCUCCAGAGCAGACGCAGCCAAUGAUGCAGAAGCGAACCAAAAGACCAAAUGUCGGGGUCUGGGCAGGAAGAUUUUGCAGAUCACCGGCAUAGCUUUAUCUGUGGUCGUCUGCGUCCUGUUACCGUAUCUGGCAGUUGAAGUGAGAACCCAGUCGUAUGAGUCGGCGAGGCAUUAUCUGGAGAUGGGAAACCGGCUCAAGAUGGCUGAGCUGCGUGUGACCGAGCUGGAACGUGAGUAG